UGCCCAUCAUGCACCGAAGCACAAGUUUCGCUGCUCCAACUAGAGGCUCAUACUUCAUAUAGUUGGCCUGAACUUCAGUCUUCAGACCCUGAACUGGCCUUGAUUUACGAACGUGUUCGAAAUGGAGGCGAACGACCGACAACCCAGGAAAUAAGUAAGCUUGGAUGGGAAACCCGGUGUUUAUGGUCUCUGUGGGAUAAUCUGAAAAUUGUCGAUGACAUCCUCUACUACCAACAUGGACCCACUUAUACUCGUCGCGUUGUGGCUCCACAGUCGGCACUACCCACAGUACUAUUGUCAUUACACCAGCAGUUAGGCCACGCGGGCUCAGGGAAAAUGAUUGAAGCGGCUAAAAGACGUUAUUGGUGGCCUCACCAGAGGAAAGACAUCAUAGAUUUCUGUGACUCCUGCGAGGUAUGCCAAACUAUUAAGGCUCCGCACAAAUAUAAUAAGGCACCCUUAGAACCCAUUAUAACUGGCCAUCCGAAUGACUUAGUACAAAUAGACUUGGUUGGACCUCUCCCAGUAACUUCCAGAAAUAAUAACUAUAUUUUAGUCAUGGUAGACCAUUUUACCAAAUGGUGCGAGGCUAUUGCGAUCCCACAGAUUGAUGCUGUAACCAUCGCAGAGUCAAUUUUUGACCACUGGGUCAGCCGUUGGGGGGCACCACUUCAACUGCAUUCAGAUCGAGGAUCCAACUUUGAAAGUAUCGUUGUCAGCGAACUCUGUCGUAUAAUGGGUAUCCGGAAGACACGCACUACCGCGUACCACCCACAGGGAAAUGGCUUGGUUGAACGCACCAAUCGGACACUUAAAUCCCUCUUGCAGGCAUUUGUAGAUCAAAACAACCCCAGGGAAUGGGACCGAUCACUCUCACAGUGCUUAAUGGCAUACAGAGCAAGCAUUCACAAAGCUACGCGUCAAACGCCUCAUUAUAUGGUCACUGGAAGAGAACUCCGGUUGCCAAUCGAUCUGACUUCAAACACACUAGGAGAGGAUACACUGAUUGCAUCCGAACACGUAAUCAGACUUCGACGAAACCUGAACAAGGUACAUCAGAUGACUAGGGAUAUACUCCAAACAAACCAGAGGUACCAGAAAGAAUACUAUGAUAGGAAAGCACAUGGAUCACCAGUGGAGCCAGGAGACAAGGUGAUGCUACUUAAGGAGGCACCACCUAAAGGGAAAGCUCUUAAAUUCCAUAAACGCUGGGAAGGACCAUUCACUGUAGUAGAGGUACUAAGUGACUGCACCUGUAGGAUUCAGGAACCGAAUUCCUCUCAUAGUCUAGUCACACACUUCAAUAGACUAAAACCUUUUCGACAACAGGCCUUAGUUCAGACAAGUCCCGCAGGAACAGUCACCUAGCACUGCGGACAGUGCUCCUAUGGGAGAGGGGGUAGUGUAAGGCAUGGUAAGUUUGGCGGUUUUCUAAUGUUCAAACCAUGCUUGUCUACUUUCAGGUUGGCUGCGAAGUAUGCAGGGAUUGGUUACCCAAGACGAGGCAACGGAUGACCAAUAGGAGUGCCCUUCCCUCUUAUCUAAUUGUAUUGCGAUUGGUUGUAAAUAUAAUACUUGACCUUGAGUCUUCGUUCUUACUAGCACGCAACACUUGUGUGAUCACGCUGCUAACGUGCGCUUUGCUCUCUGUUUCAGAUCAUUGCUUGACGAGUGGGAUUACAUAAAUGGCGAGCCUGCCAACGAAAAAACUUUCUUCUUCCAAGUCUCGACCCAAUGAGGCUUCCAAGAACACUUCGCCUGUCAAAGAGACAGCAUCCAACGAGGUGGAUCAAUUAGCUGAAGUGAGGGCUCCAGCUUUUCAGUCAAAUCAGCCUGCUUCGCGAUAUGUCCAUCCCUUGCCGCAUACACUGGAGGUGGGUGAUGAUUUCGAGCUGUGGUCGGACAAGGUGUGCCGAUACAUUGAUCUGAUGAACGUGCCUCACCCGAACGCAUUCGUCAUCGAUUCUGUUGGACGGUCCUUGGAAAUGUACACAAUUGGUUUGGAUUACGUGCAUAUGCCCUUGACCACCCUGUUGAGUACUCUAAGAGCACGUAUAGUGCCACCAAUACCUCCCAUUGAAGCGCUGAAAAGAUUCAGCGAGUGCAACCAGAGACAAGGUGAAUCUAUCAACCAGUUCACCUUACGUCUCCGCAAGCUUGCGCGUCAAGCUAUGCAGGACAAGACAUAUUCAGAGGUUGAAAACGCUAUAUAUUC